CAGCAGCAUCAGACAGACCAGCAGCACAAACUUCUCUGAAUGACACCAAAUGGCUCUGCUGGAACUAUUUCUGAUUUUUGUGCUUCAGUUUGAAGGGAUCAGUGGAGAAACACAAUAUUUCUAUCAUAGACCUGGAAAUGAUGUCAUUCUGCCCUGUGGCAAAGAAAAUUAUCCAUGCUCCAUAAUUCACUGGAGUUACCACAAACAUCAGUCUCACACUAUAGACGUGGUUCGUAAAGGGCAGGUUGAGGAGAGCUCAGCCAGAUCCUCCAGACUGAGUGUGUACAGUGACUGCUCACUGAGCAUCAAGAACAUCACUGCUGAGGACGCUGGGCAAUACAACUGUCUGUAUGAGAGGAACGGUCUCCCAUUCACACUUUCUGAAGUCAUCCUAAAUAUUUUGACUGUUUCAGCAUCUCCAUCACACACUGACUCACAGAGGGACGGAGAUGUCACAUUAGAGUGCUCUCUCUUUAGAUUCUAUGACCUCCCUCCUUGUGAACAGGACAGCAUCCGCUGGGUGGAUGAGACAGGAACCGUGCUGCUUAACAGCUUUUCCAACAACGAGGACCUGAUGAAAUGUGUUUCUCUUCUGACUGUGAAUCAUCAGAGUGGCCACAACAAGAGAUACACCUGCCAGUUUGUUGAGGAAAACAGUGUGAAGAUAGAAGCCCACUACCCACCUGUCCUCAUAGAGUCAUCAUCCAGCACAGCUUUCAUCAUCACUGGAGCUCUGAUGGUGGUUCUGCUGCUGGUCGUCAUCGCUGCUGUUUUCAUCAAACACAGGAGGCGAUCCAAAGUGACAGAAGAUGUUCAGAAACCAUCUCAGUGCAUUGAUGAGCCAGACAGCAAUAUCACCUAUGCUGCUAUUGAUCAUGCUAAAGACGAGGCGUCUCCAAAGGAAAAGGUCAGAAAGGAGGAGGCAGUGACUUAUUCUGCAGUCAAGACAAAGGCAGAAAGUGACCCGAGCAGCUUCUACAGCACUGUCAGCUAAACUUAGCAACAAUCAACCAGAAGAAAUCAAACAUCUCAUAACAUCAUUGCUGUAAUUUAAACCUGGAGGAGCUCUGCUACCAUAGACCGGUGAGCUGGAUUUCAGCAGCUGUGUUAUCAUCUGCUGAAAGUGUUAGUAUGUCUAAACCCCGGGAGGUGUAACAUGUUGUUUUCAGAGGGGUCCACAGACGCUCUCUAGUUUGUCCCUGAGCUGCUUUGUUUACAUAAAUAUGUUUCUCUCAUUAAUAACUUUUAGAAAUAAAGCACAACAAAGCAGGGUGCUCCACAAUAAAGCCAGUUUAUGAUUCAGAAAAGAUGAAACUGUUAAUAAGUCUAAUUAUCCUGGAUCAUUUGUUGAGCUCAUUUUUGAGACAUCUGUGCAA